CGUGCCGUUCCAUUCUGUGCCGUGCUGUGCCGUGCUGGCGGGAUGGAGGAGCGCUACAGCAAGGCUGAGACCCUCGCCCUGCGGAGGAAGCACAUCGGGCCUUCCUGCAAAGUGUUCUUCGCCAAGGACCCUCUGAAGAUAGUGCGUGCUCAGGGCCAAUAUAUGUUUGAUGAGAAAGGAGAAAAAUACUUAGACUGUAUCAACAACGUUGCACAUGUUGGCCACAGUCAUCCAUAUGUGAUAAAGGCUGCAACAAAACAGAUGGAACUGCUCAAUACAAAUUCCCGGUUCCUGCAUGACAACCUUGUUCAGUAUGCACAGCGCCUUACAGCCACCCUGCCUGAGAAACUCUCUGUUUGCUAUUUUGUUAAUUCUGGAUCUGAAGCAAAUGAUCUUGCUUUACGACUGGCUCGGCAGUACCAUGGGCACCAAGAUGUGAUCACCCUUGAAAAUGCUUACCAUGGCCAUGUUACAUCUCUGAUUGACAUCAGUCCCUAUAAAUUUAAUCAGCUGGGAAAGGACAGCAAGAAGGAGUUUGUGCAUGUGGCUCCUUCUCCGGAUAUCUACAGAGGGAAAUAUAAAGAAGACCACCCAGAUCCAGCAAGUGCUUAUGCUGAAGAAGUGAAAAAGAUUAUUGAAGAAACACAGAAGAAUGGACGUAAGAUUGCUGCCUUCAUAGCUGAAUCCAUGCAGAGCUGUGGAGGCCAAGUAAUUCCACCUGUGGGCUAUUUCCAGAAAGUGGCAGAGUAUGUGCGUGCGGUGGGUGGAGUGUUCAUAGCUGAUGAAGUACAGGUUGGCUUUGGUAGAGUUGGGAAGCAUUUUUGGGCAUUCCAGCUGCAAGGCGAAGACUUCGUGCCUGACAUCGUCACCAUGGGAAAACCCAUUGGCAAUGGCCACCCUAUGUCUUGUGUGGUCACAACAAGGGAAAUCGCUGAAAGUUUUGGUGCUUCAGGAAUGGAGUAUUUCAAUACAUUUGGAGGCAAUCCAGUGUCUUGUGCUAUUGGUUUAGCUGUGCUGGAGGUAAUAGAACAAGAAGAUCUCCAAGGAAAUGCUAUACGUGUAGGAAAUUAUCUCCUGGAGUUGCUGGCUGAGCAAAAGGAGAAACAUCCCUUAGUGGGAGAUAUUAGGGGUGUUGGAUUGUUUGUUGGAGUGGAUCUGGUGAAAGAUCAACAAAAGAGAACACCAGCCACAGCUGAAGCCCUUCAUCUUAUUUACAAGCUGAAGGAGCAUCAAAUCCUUCUUAGUUCAGAUGGACCCCACAGAAAUGUACUAAAAUUUAAACCACCAAUGUGUUUCACAAUGGAAGAUGCACAACACGUAGUGGAGACAAUUGAUGCACUUCUCACAGAAAUUGAAGAGGCCACUGGAAUGAAGACAGAAAAUAAUGCAUCUGCAAAUGCACAGUAUAAAAGAAAAACAAUUGAAGGGAGUUCUCAAUUGGAAGGUUCAAAUGAAAGUAUCGGCCAUAUGAAUGGAGCUGCCUGCAGACAAGAAAAUGGGCUUUAUUCUAAAAAAUGCUCACUGCCAAGUGAAACAAUAAGAACAUGA